CUGUAGCCGCGCCAGGAGUUUCGGGGUACGCUCGAGCUGGUUACAAGAAGGCGGCCCCAGCACUGCCCUUCUCCUUUGCUGCGGCAAAGGAGUGGCUUGGUUGAGUGACGCCACUCGAAGGCGCCCGCACGCUGAACUGCGCACGGGUCCCGGAGGCUUCUGGGUAGCGGAUUACCUCCGCCCCCCGCGCCGGCGUCUUCCUUUCCGACCCUGCCGCCGCCGAGGUCGCACGCGGGAGGCCUGUUCGCCGCCACCGAGAUGCGUUACGUCGCCUCCUACCUGCUGGCCGCCCUCGGGGGCAAUGCCUCCCCCAGCGCUAAGGACAUCAAGAAGAUCCUGGACAGCGUGGGCAUCGAGGCGGACGACGACCGGCUCAACAAGGUCAUCAGUGAGCUGAACGGAAAAAACAUUGAAGACGUCAUUGCCCAGGGUAUUGGCAAACUUGCCAGUGUGCCUGCUGGCGGGGCUGUGGCUGUCUCUACUGCCCCAGGAUUUGCAGCCCCUGCUGCCGCUUCCACCCCAGCUGCAGCAGAGGAGAAGAAGGACGAGAAGAAGGAGGAGUCUGAGGAGUCAGAUGACGACAUGGGAUUUGGUUUAUUCGAUUAGAGCCCCUCUGCAAAUAAAACAGUUCUGUGUCUGUUGA